CUGGGUCUGAACUCCCCCACACACACAUGUCUACGCUUCCAGUGCUGGAGCUCCACUGAGUCGCACUAAGACGCACAAACCGAUUCCUCACUCGGAUCUCCGUCUCGUCCCCGACUCGUGCUGUUUUCGGAUCACUAACCACACAGAACUUAAAGAAGCAAUCUAUAACUCGGGAUCUCUCCUCUCUGGAACUACUGUGGGUUCAAACCAAACAAGUCGAUCGAAAGACGUUCGAAGUUUACGCAUGAAUCAAAAGAAGGACCAAGCGUGAUGUGAACCAUCAGACUACAAAGGACUGCGCCAAUCAGACGGACACAAGGUGCACUUUAACCUAAACGAUCGUUUCUGUUCUGCGUUAUUAUUUUAUUGCUUAUUAUUUAUUAGUAUUAUGAAUGGUACACGCACUGUCAUGGAGCUCAUCAACAGCCCGAGACCUGAGUGGUGAAGAAACAGCAUCAUAAGAUCGCAGCUAUGAAGGUCUUAAGGCGUUACGACGGCGCGGCCUUCGCACUCGUCUGGAGCUUCCUGGGCUUCCUACAGAGUGUCCAGUGCGCUUUAGGGGACAACCAUGUUCACUCGAGCUUCAUUUACAGACGCCUGAGAAACCACGAGCGCAGAGAAAUCCAAAGGGAGAUUCUCUCCAUCCUGGGUUUGCCCCAUCGUCCGAAACCCUUCUCUCCGUCAAAGCAGGCAUCCUCGGCACCUCUCUUCAUGCUUGAUCUGUACAACGCCAUGACGACCGAGGAAACAGAAGAGGACGCACUACUCGAAAGCACAGGCAAAGCGAUCAGUUUAAACUCUUUGGGAAAUUCGCGUAAAAGUCAACACAGCGCUCCAUACGGAUAUUCACGCGCGCCUGUGGCCUGGACAAGUCAGAGUCCACCUCUGGCUACUUCACACGACGCAAACUUUCUGAACGAUGCCGACAUGGUCAUGAGCUUUGUGAAUCUGGUGGAGCGAGACAGGGAUUUUUCCCACCAGAGGAGACACUAUAAAGAGUUCCGUUUUGACCUGACUCAAAUUCCGGAUGGCGAGGCCGUAACAGCAGCAGAGUUUCGCAUCUAUAAAGAUCACAGUCAUGGGAGACAUGAAAACGUCACUCUAAAGGUCUCAAUAUACCAGGUGAUCAAGGAAUAUCAAAAUAGGGAUGCAGAGACAUUUCUGCUCGAUUCGAAGAAAAUUCGUGCCUCAGAUGGAGGAUGGCUGGUGUUUGACAUCACAGCCACCAGUAACCAUUGGGUGCUUAACCCGCAGCAGAACAUGGGCCUUCAGCUCUGUGUAGAGACCAUGGACGGUCGAAGCAUCAACAUGAAAUCGGCUGGGAUCAUCGGCAGGAGUGGGCCACAAUCCAAGCAGCCUUUUCUCGUGGCAUUUUUCAAAGCCAGCGAAGUGUUGCUGCGCUCUGUCCGAGCCACGGGGGGAAAGAGGAAGAACCCAAGCAGAAACAAAAGCAAAAGUCAACCGAAACCCUCACAAACCACCAAGAUUGGAGAUCCAAACAUCAGCGAACAGAAGCAAGCCUGCAAGAAGCAUGAGCUUUAUGUCAGCUUCCGUGAAUUAGGAUGGCAGGACUGGAUAAUUGCCCCUGAGGGCUAUGCGGCAUUUUAUUGUGAUGGAGAAUGCUCAUUUCCACUCAAUGCACAUAUGAAUGCAACAAAUCAUGCGAUUGUGCAAACUCUGGUCCAUCUCAUGUUUCCUGACAAUGUGCCAAAGCCUUGCUGUGCACCGACCAAGCUGAACGCGAUAUCGGUGCUAUACUUUGACGACAGCUCAAAUGUAAUUCUGAAAAAAUAUCGCAAUAUGGUCGUCAGGUCUUGUGGGUGCCACUGAAGUCCGUAUAUGUACUCGGGCUUGUUUUUGUGAUGCACACAAUCACACAAAGUCAGUGGGGUUUAUACAUUAAGUUCAUUUUUAACUGGAGACUCUAGACUAAGCUUUUUUAUUUUUUUUUGUAAACCCUGCCACCUAUAAUAUAGCUGGAAGAAAGAAAGAAAAAAAAAACCCCCCACACAUACCAGAUAUAGUUUUGAGAUUUACAGUGAUGUACAGUGUUAUGUAUAUAUUAGCUCAUGAAUGUGCUUAUUUAUUUGGCUUUAUUUUGAAAUAAUAAAAGACAUGUUGAACAUUUACCACUUGCAGAUAAUAAAUGCUCUUUCCGAAUCCCUAUUUAAAUGGCCAGUCAUUUAAGCAGCAGCUAUUAUUAACCCUUUUGAUCAUGAACGAUAUUUCUGGCAAUUUUAAAUGCUGGUGUUUUGAAUCCCUGCAGAAUUUAUAUGAAUUUACAUUAGUAAUUUGAAUAAUAUAUAUUACAUUUAUUGUAUUAGGACAAUGUUAAUGUGUUAUUAAAUAUGUUUCCAAAAAAAAUGCUACUGAAAUAUCUUUUUUUUUUUUCACGGUUAUAAAUAGCCUUUGUGAAUAAAUCAUUUCACUUCCUUGCAACUUGCACUAGCACAGAUUUCAAGCUAGUGUCUUAUGUAAGCAUGGCUUACAUCUAAACACUCAUUCAUCACUGUCUGUCCGUACCUGCAUGACUCUUGAACUAUAAUUAUCCAAAUCCGACAUCACCCAGAAGCAUGAGGAUGGUUUGAUUCCUUUAAAGGAACUGGGAUUCCUUUCGGGGUUUAUUCUCAUGCCAUCGCAGGGAUUUUUUUCCUUGCUUGUAGCUCACUCAUUAAAGCUUUAGACACAGAUUUAUGUAAAGCUACUUUGUGGUCAUGGAUAAUGUUAUACAUACAAGUUCAACUGAAU